AUGAUACUCGUCUUGGGGUUCCUCGCCACGAUUCCCACGAUUCCCACGGCUUUUCGGCAAGAGUCUCAGCACCUCCCAGGGUCCGUGCUUCAGAUGUACCAGGAAGACUUCUUCACCCCGGAGGAGUACGAGAAGAUGAUCGCAGACUACAGAGCGGACUGGAAGAAAUAUGGAGUCGAGGUGGAAGUUUUCGGCAACGUCUCCGGGCUGAUGGCGGUCGAAAAUUUGCCGUGGAAGGACGCUUGGGACAAGAACGUGAGCUUCAACAGCAGUGAAGAUCGUCCACGUUGCAAGGAAGGUCAUUGCCAGGAGGUGAAGUUGGAGGAAGUCGUGCCUUUCCUCAAAGGUCACCCCUACCUCUACCAUGGGGGCGCAAUCAAAAGUGAUUGGUUUGCGAAAAGCAUUGAUUUCAGCAAGGCAGGGGACAAAAUCACAGGGCCAGUGUUCUUCACUACCCACAACAUCUUCCAUGCACUCCUUUACAGUGCGAGUGCAAUGUUUGAUUGGGGCGAGCUCGAGCUAGACCGAAAAGUGGAAGACAAGAAAGUCCCGUGGUCAGAUUUCUAUCGCCCGGUGAUGGAGUUUGAGAUCCAACAUUUGGACCAAUGCCAAGGUCUGGUUCCUGAUAUGGGUUUCCUUCAGAAAGCCGCAGAUCAAGGUAAAGACAAGAUCGAGAAGUUCAUGGAAACCCAGUGCGGCGGCCACAAGUGCUCCUUCCUUGCGGUGAACUGGAACGAGGAUAGCAAAAAGGGUUCGGGGCUGCUGCCUUAUGAGAUCCGAAUGCUCCCAGGCAGCGUGGAAACCUGUGGCAUGAAGUUGAAGAAGAUCAUCAUGGUGAUGAGCUCUUUGUACGACAAAUUCUUUGACGACGAAGCUCCUCAGUAUCUCAAAGCUACGGGGAUCGCCGCAAAGCUCUAUCAAAAAAGCAUUGGACAGGAAAAUUCGACGGGAACGCCCUGA